CUAAGCCUUGGCUUGUAAACAUGUAGGCGGUGGUUACAUAUUCCUCGCUCAUCGUCUCCGGAUCCAUCCCCUUUUUUUGUGAAAGAAAUGCGCUCAUAAUGCUUUCCUCUUCUCAUGCUGAGUGUAGGAUAGUUUACCGCUCAGCAAACUUGCUGGAAGAAGCAUGACAACAAGAACAACGUGUCCUUCUAUCAAGAUCUGACUAGUCCUGGUGGAAGACCUACAGGGACAGUAAAAGUGCAUGUGACUUUGGAAAGAAGGGAUUGCUGUUCAACUCUGAUCCACAAUCAAAUGAUACACUGUUGCUGCUUUUGCAGGACCUCCUGUCAUAGUUGUUGAUAGUACUUACAACUGCUGCUAUGGCACCCUGUACACACACCUGUGUUACCUCUGGGACAUUCUUUAACUAAUAGCUUUUGUAUUACUAUAAUUUUUUCAUUGCUCAUUCAUUUUAUGCUUGGCUUUUUUGUCUUGUGUGCUAACUAUGGCUCUAGGCUGGAUAACAGGGCUAGUGGCAGGCUUGGCAGCUCUGCAUUUCCUACAGAAGAGAUUUUUCCCAUGCUUCUGGUUUGACCUGAUAUACUUGUUAAAAGUAAUCCGCUAUGGCUUCCUUAUUGAGAAGUAUAGGAGGACAGGUCAUGUCGUGACCGUUGUGGAUCGUUUUGUGCAACAAGCCCAGCGGCUACCUGAUAAGGCCUUUAUAAUAUUCCACGGACAGGUUCACACUUACCGUGAUGUGGACAGAAGAAGCAAUCGUGUGGCCCAAGUUUUCCUGAAGUACUCGACGCUGAAGAAGAACGACACGGUGGCGAUGCUUAUGAACAAUGAGCCGGAUUUCAUUAAUAUCUGGUUUGGUUUGGCUAAAAUAGGCUGCAUGGUGGCGUUUCUUAACUAUAAUAUCCGAUCCAGGUCCUUGUUGCAUUGCUUUCAUAGCUGUGGGGCGAAGAUUCUUAUUGUGGGAGCAGAUAUGCUUGAAUCAUUAGAAGAAAUUCUGCCAAGCCUACAGGAAGACAGCAUCGCAGUUUGGGCAAUGGCUAAAGAAACCACUCUCCCAGGUGUAAAUACUAUCAUAGACAAAUUGGAAACUGUAUCCGAUGAACCUGUGCCGCUACACCUGCGCUUCGUCAGUAGCACAAAUGCUGCAACUCUGUUCAUUUUCACGUCAGGGACUACAGGUCUCCCAAAAGCAGCUGUUAUCAGUCAGCUUCAAGCACUGCGAGGUGCUGCUGGAAUAUGGGCAUUUGGUGGCAAAACUGAUGAUGUUUUAUAUGUCACCCUCCCUCUAUACCACAGUGCGGCUUCUCUCAUCGGGAUUGGUGGAUGUGUUUAUCUAGGCGCAACAUGCGUACUGAGGAAGAAGUUUUCAGCAAGCCAAUUUUGGAUUGACUGCAAAAAGUAUGACGUUACAGUGUUUCAGUACAUUGGGGAAUUGUGUCGCUAUCUAUGUAAACAGCCUGUGGGUGAAGGUGAAAAGAAUCACAAGGUGCGCAUGGCUGUUGGAAAUGGCGUUCGUAGUGAUGUUUGGAGAGAAUUCAUCGCACGGUUUGGUGAUAUAAAGAUGUGUGAGCUGUACGGUGCCACUGAAGGGAACAUUUGUUUCAUGAACCACACUGGAAAAAUUGGAUCUGUUGGACGCAGCAAUUUCUUUUAUAAGCUGUUGUUUCCUUUUGACUUGAUAAAAUAUGACAUUCAAAAAGAUGAACCAUUAACAAAUAAAGAAGGCUUGUGUGAAAGAGUCAAAAAAGGUGAAACUGGACUUCUAAUAUCCAAGGUAACUCAUGUCAAUCCUUUCUUUGGUUACGCUGGAAAUAAAAAACAUACAUCAAAAAAAUUAUUGUGUGAUGUGUUCAAGAAAGGAGAUGUUUAUUUCAAUACUGGAGAUCUGAUGGUCCAAGAUCACGAUAAUUUUCUUUACUUUCGGGACAGAAUUGGAGACACUUUCAGGUGGAAAGGAGAAAAUGUUGCUACCACUGAAGUCUCUGAUAUAAUUGGGAUGCUGGACUUCAUACAGGAAGCUAAUGCCUAUGGAGUGAGUGUUCCAGUGCAUGAAGGAAAGGUGGGAAUGGUAUCUAUUAUUCUGAAGCCUGGCCAGACUAUAGAUUUGAAACGCACUUAUGAGCACACCGUGAUGUACCUUCCUGGUUAUGCAUGUCCACGAUUUUUAAGAUUGCAGGAAAACAUGGAAGUAACUGGUACAUUUAAGCAGCAAAAAUUCCGUCUCGUGGAACAAGGAUUCAACCCAUCAAUAACAUCAGACCCAAUCUAUUUCUUAGAUGAUUCCGUAAAAUCCUAUGUUCCAAUGACUAAGGACAUUUAUGACAAAAUCGUUAGGGGUCUUUUAAAACUAUAAUUUCUUUACAUGCUUAUUAUUUCCACUGAGCGAAAACACUGAAACUGUGAUGUUUAACCACUGUCAGUACAAAUGUAUCCCAUAAAAUAUGACCUCACCUACUGUAUGCUAUAGCAAAACUAAUGUUAUCUGCUAAACUAUGGGGUAGGUAUGUCAUACAGUACUUAAAUAAAAACUGCAUUCAUAA